AUGGCGGAGGGUCUCGGUCAAGUGGUCUCAUGGUAUAUCUGUACCGUUGCAGCAGCCAUCUUUCUUCUGCUCCGGUUGUGGGUUCGCUUCCGCAGGUUUAAGACUCUCGGUGUUGACGAUGGCCUCCUCAUCCUGUCGCUAUGUUGUCUCAUCGGAGACCUAAUCAUCCAACAGCACAUGUGGAAUCUCGGCAUGUCUGAGAUUCCCAAAGCCAGCAGAGAAGAAUUUAUUCAGAUCAUGCAGAUGAUUGUACCAGGAUCGAUUCUAUACGUUACCUCGCUAUGGGCCAUCAAGAUCGCACUCGUAUUAUUCUACAAAAGAAUUGCAGCCCCCGGAACAAAACUGCAGGUCAUUUACAACGUCACCAUCGUGCUCCUGGUAGCUUCAUGGGCCACAAUCUUUUUCCACAUCAUUUUCCAGUGUUACCCCCACAACAAGAGGUGGUCUUUGGACCCCACCUAUCAGUGUAACCCAACGGAUGCAGAAAUCAACUAUUGGUUGACUAUCCUUCUCAAUAUUGGUUCCGAUGUUGUUACCAUCAGUUUACCUAUUUCAAUGGUUUUGAAGUUGCAAAUGAAGAUGAAGCAAAAGCUCGGCGUGGCUGCCAUCUUCGCUCUUGGUUUCUUCGUUAUCAUAGCCAGCAGUAUGUCCCAACCGUUGCAAGUCUACCACGUGAAGCACAUACUAACGACAACAGUCAUCCGCGCCUACUAUUCCAAACGCAACGAGACUAUGCUGACCUGCACGGUCUCCAUGAUCGAAACAGCGGUCGCAAUUAUCGCCGCAUCUCUUCCAGCACUUCGCACCCUCCUCCUCGGCCACACCUCGACUGCCGGAACCAACUCGAACUACGGACAUUACGAGCUCUCUUCAGCAGGAAUUGACCGUACGCGUCGAACACAGCAAAGUCGUAUAACGACCACCGUAGUUGGCGGAACACGCAACAAGGAUAAUGACUCGGAGGAUGAGUUAGUCAAAGAGGGGGGCCGCCUUAGUGCUUCUGGACAAGGCCGCCUGACACCAACAGAGGACAAGCCUAACGCCAUCUCUGUGAGCACAACUUUCCAGAUGCAUCAUGGGCUUGAUGAGCACAACACGCUACCCAAUGGCAAAUUCAAUCAGUACCCCUAA